ACAACGUGUAUACGAUUCGCGCUAUCGCGACACACGUAACGGGUACCCACGUACGCAAGCGCGCGUGCACGCACACCCGAGCGGUGAGACGAGGACGGACGACCGAGGAAGAAGGGAGGAACUUACCGCUCGUGUAAACACGAGCAAGUUCGGAAGUGUGACUCGUAGGAGUUCGCACGCGCUGCACGACUACACGCAGAUGAGUGGACGAAAGCUCGUCGAAUCUACUCGUCAGACUGAUGCUAUUAAAAGAUACUUCGACUGAAGAAAUUCUGAAGUCAUCGCGUGGAGCACCGGUCGCGAUCGUAUUUACGGAAAAUAAUCAUGACUCCUCGGAUCGUCGAUUAGAUAUCUCAUGACGAGCUUGCUAUAUAUACGCUCGCUGUUUGUACGCGUCAGAUUACAUGACGGCAAAAAAACGGUGUUUGACUGCGCUCGACAUAUUGCUCCUUCCACGCGUCGCCAAGGUAUAAUUAUAAUACGCUCAUUUCUUCGUCGACCUUGCCUUGUUAGGCUCAGGCUUGUCAUUAGUAGCGGCAACAAUGUAGCGCAUUACUGUAGAGCGAAGGCGUGAAUCUUAGACACGGAUUCUCCUGCAAUUAUCACGAUCAUCGAGUGUCUCAUCGGUGCAAACACCGUUACGAACGGCGAUCGAACAUUUCACGGCGGAGGACACCUCGGCCGCGCGGUUGCACAUUGCGCGGUUAAAAACGCGCCGAUAUUGGGAUAGGUCGAUACUGCGAAUUGCAAUAAAGGCGCAGGCGUAAAACAAGGGAGAAAUUAUACGCAACACGUUGGCGGCACAUUGUUGAAUAAAGGACGAAAGCGCCGAAAAGGACGGAAUGAUCGGGGCCCGGGUGGAGGAAACGGCACAUUUGAGCCCGCUUUUGGCACAGCACUGACUGCAUCGCGGCGUCUGAUUGGACAGGCGCGACGGCGAUGCACACACAGUGUGCACACACCGUUGAAGUAGCCGCUAUCGGCGUGCGUAUGUCGACAACCGUGGAAGCGCGAGGGAGGAAGCGAAAGGGCCGACGGCUGAAGAGAGCAGGGUCCGAUUAUGCCCGAGCGCCGGCGGACACGUCCGACGUGAAAUAGCCGACAAUUGACGCGAUAGAGAGUUUGGUAAGAGGAGCGGCGGGCAAGAGGAGACACGUGCUGUUCUCUCGGCUGUACCGCUUCCCCUUUUUCAAUUUUAUCGUGCGAUCGACGUGCACAUCGUCGUCGUUCGGCGACGUCGCUAUGCGAAAACUAGAGAGAGGAAGAGAGAGAGAGAGAGAGCUGACCUCCGUUUUCCCUGCCACGAUGGACGGUCCAGGUACUUUUACAUGGGAAGAAUUUGUUGCAAAUGCGAAAGAAUUUCUUGCUCUUUCAGACGAGCUUCGUGAUAGGUGGGAGUUUUGUGGUAAUCAGAAUAUUCCUGGACAAGCGUACCUAGUUAAAAAAUCGAUGUGCUUUGUACGAUGCGAUGAGGAUGUUUCGAGGAAAAAGGACGACAACUUCUUGUCUUCCCCACAUUUCGGAUCCGAGGUGCCUAUCGUUACCGAACAUCACAUAUUAUGGUCUAUGAGUUACAGCGUCCCGGUUCUCUACUUCAACGGAUGGAAAUCGGGUUAUCCCGACAUGAAACCAGUGAACGUGGACGAGGCUCGAAUGGCCCACAGUUUACAGCUGAAUUACAUGGAAUUAUCGCAAGCGAUCCACCCUAUCAUCGGCACUCCGUUCCUGCAAUUGCAUCCGUGUCAGUCGCAGGAAUUGAUACGAAAUAUGCCGAACAGCAAAAAUAAACUCGUCAGUUGGCUGAGUUGCGUGGCAUCUGCGGCCCUAAAUCUCAACGUGAAUUCGGAAUACUACAAAUUGACCGCCGAACGCACUGGUUAUCUUGGGCUACUGCGGCAGUAAUAAACAUCUCGUUAAAGAAAUUCUCACUCGAAUAUGUUAACAUAUUAUUAACGUACUUAAGUAUAUAUUUUUUAUUAAAGAAGGAUAAAAAGAGGAGGAAAUAAAGAAUGAUAAUCUAAGGA